AUGGCACCCAGUGCUGCUUAUGAUGCCUUCAACUCUGAUGCUGAGGAUGGAGGUCCUGAAAACUUCAACCUUGACAAAGGGACAGACAAUACCAACUUGGAAGACCUGGACAGUGAUGCCAAACAGCACAGACCUCAAGCUGAUGUUGCUGAGCUGCAAGUGGCUCUCAGUGUUGUGCAACGAGCAUACACUGAAUGCCACAAGGAACUGUGCCAGAUAAGGAAGGCUCUCUUCGAAGCCAAUAGCCAGCAUUCCAAGUGGUCCAGGAACAUGUCUAGCAAGUCAAACAGCCUCAUGACUUGUAUUGAGCAAGAAGCAAAGAAAUACCUCCUACUGUAUCAUUUUUUCAUCAUUCAAAGCCUUUUCCCAGCAGCCCCAAAUCCCAAUACUGAUCAAUGCAAUCCAGCAUGGUGGAAAUCACAGGAUGGGAAGCUCAAGGGCGCUCUGACUGAGCUUUAUGAGAUGAUUCCUGCAGAUUUACAUGAGUUGAUGGCAACCUACAAGCAAUUUGGCUCCAUGAUAUGUGUAAUUCCAACCUUGGUGACCACUAACAUAUUAAUUUGUUUUAAGUUCAUACAAGCACAUGGUCAGGAGAGAUCCAAUGUCCUCAAAGUCAUCAAGGACUGUGCUGGCAUGUUAUUUGCUCCAUAUAACAUUUCACCAGAUCUCUUUACUGGACAGCCCACUUGUAAGAAGGACAACAAGGCAUGCCUGGUGCUCUUGAAGAAGGAUGGAGUUGGAGAAUACACCCAUUUUGCACCCAUUCUUUUUGCAGAUCCUAAGCAGAUGGUUACUGGAGGCUUCUUGAAGAGUCCCAUCCUAGUUAAGGUUUUCCAUGUCCUGAUGUUUGGAAAAUUGAUCCUUGCAGAAAACAAACAUGGAUGGCCCCCAGCCAGGGGUCAGAAGAUGGGCAUGCUGAGCAUUACUGAGGGCCUGAUUGCUGGUGCCUGCAUCUUGGAAGUCUUCAGGAAGGGGUCUCAAUUGGCAAAUGUCGAAUCUGAGGUAUUUGCUAAUGUGGAGCAGCCAUGUACUUGGGAAGAUGAAUUUUUAGACAAACUUGACAACAUUGACCCCACUGAGAGUCACACCCUGCCCAUUUCCACACUGCAUGACCUCAAUGCCCCUGGCAGCUGUGAUUCAGAUCUACAUGACUCCAAUCUGUCAUUGGUCUCUCACACUCCAUCACCUGUUGCUGGCUUGGUCACUCAUUUCAAUCCCCCUCACUCUCAUCCAGCUAGUGUCACUGCUGCACAAGCUGAUCUCAGUGCUCAAACUAUUUCUGGUGCUUCUCAUUGA